GAGGGAUGAAGGCGUUCCCGGGUGAAUAGCUCGGAACUUAGAAAUUUUACGGCUAUAAAACACGAUGUUUCAGUCGUGUUUUAUACAGAGAUGGCUCAUGCUAGGGAGGUCGGUGACGCCGUGUCUCCGUGGCCGCAGCUGGCAAGCUUGUUUGUGAUGAAGGAAAAGCGAGGUGAUGGCAACCUCACAUUUCAGUGUUUACUUUGUAAGCCUAAAGAAAAGCUCCUGUCUUGUUCCAUGGUGACGAACUCGAACCUGCGGAAGCACGUAAAGGUAUGUUUUAUUAGCCGUGCAUGUCCGCAGUAUGUGUGUGUGUGUUUUUUUUUAAUUUAUGUAUUAAUCACAAUCGUUCUUUUAGAGUCAACACCCCGGGAAUCUGGCUGACUUUGGGAACUCUUUGCGGAAACGGAAGCUCUCUGAAGCUGCUUCGACGUCCACGCCGAAACAACUUACCCUCAACUUUGCAAGCGGGCGGGUGCCUCAAAAGCAGCUGGACAGCCUGAUUGUGAAUUUUGUUGUAGAUUCCCUGCAACCUUUCUCUGUCGUCGAGGCUCCCAGUUUCGUUAAACUUGUGGAUACCUUGGCCCCUGAAAACACGGUACCAACACGGAGAAUGCUGAUGGCGAGAAUCGACGAUAGGUACGAAGAGAUGAAGACAAGCCUGCGGAAAGCUUUCGACGAGGUUCCUUACGUCACUGUGACCGCCGACUGCUGGACAUCGUUCCGACGGUGCUAUCUGGCAGCGACAGUUUCUUGGCUCGAGCCGGCUUCCCUGAAGAGGAACUCUGCAGUACUGAUCUGCCAAAGAAUGACGGGCAGCGUCACGCACGACAAGAUUGCAGACCUUCUUCUGGAGGUUUUCAAGGAGUACGGCCUUCAAGGAAAAGUCACCAAGGUUGUGACCGACAAUGGAUCCAAUUUUGUAAAAGCCUUCAGGGUGUUUGGCGAGCCUGUUCAGCCUGACGACCUAGAGCCUUCGGAGCAGGACGAUGAAGGCCUGGAGUUCGUGGAGGUAGCACCCCUGCUUGAAAACGUGGACCAAGGAGAGGCCCGACUCCCCCCUCACCAUAGAUGUGCUGCGCACACCCUAAAUUUGGUGGCUACGACCGACACCGGAGCAGCGGAGCGUCACGAAAUCUUCUCGAGACCUUUUCGCUCCGUUUUGCGGACAUGCCGCGCCUUGUGGAAUAAGCAGGGACAGUCGGCGGUUGCUGCCGAGACCAUCCGACGCUUCUGUGGGAAGGCAUUAAUAAGGCCCGUAGCAACGCGGUGGAACUCUCUCUACGAUGCGCUAGAGUGCGUGCACAAGUUGGAUGCUGAGGGCAAAGACUUCGACGGGUUAUGCAGGACCUUACAAGUUCCUCCCUUCCAGCGUCCACGUGACCUACUCUUCAUUGAAGAGUACUGUAAGGUCAUGAAGCCCCUCGCCUGUGCGAUUGACGUGGUUCAAAGAGAAGAACACAUGUUCAUGGGGUACCUGCUGCCAACGAUCACGGUACUCCAGCAGCGGCUCAGCCAUCUUCUCCAGGCGGGCCUAGCUUUCUCCGCGCCGCUUGUGAAUGCUCUGCUUGAUGGAAUCCAGAACCGGUUUGGUCCCCUGAUCAACGACCGGGAGCUGUUGCUAGCAGCCAUUGCGCUCCCCCGGUUUAAAGUCGGCUGGGUUCUUGGCGAAGCCAAGCGGCAGGAGCUAGCUCAGCUGCUAAAGGACGAGCUGAACCGCCCAUGCUACGGAGGAUCGCCCACCGGCGGACAGGAACCUCCCGCUGACUGCGGAGGUUCCCCUGUUGACGAUUUCUUCGCUUUUUCGGCGCCAAGAUCGACCCGGGACAGUGGGGAAGUCUCACGCUACCUCAGCUCUCCGGACAGUUCGACGGAAAUGCUGAAGGAGUACCCCCGCCUACAAAAAGUGUUCAUUAGGUUUAACACUGCCCUGCCAUCUAGCGCGCCUGUGGAGAGGGUGUUUAGCGUAGCAGCGGACAUCCUGACCCGAAAACGCGGGAAAAUGAGCGACUGCAACUUCGAGCGCCAGCUUCUGCUUAAAUUAAACAAGACAUAAGAAGUGUCUGUGGCAUCUAAAAUGAAAUAAACGUCUCCCUAAUAUACA